GUGAUGUUAUACUCGGCCAAAUGAGGUGUAUAAGGUGUCCUUGGAUAGCUUUUGAAGUCUAUUUUUAUAAUUGAGUGGUCUCAGUUCGAGAGGAGAGAGUAAUCAUCCAAAAAUCGAUCUGGAACGAGCAGUGGUCUGUGAACUCGAGCUGUGAGAGUGCUGAGACUGUUUGGUUGAUAUCUCGAGUUUUACCAAUCAAAUUAAGGCGUGUGAGAUACCAAAAGAAAGCUCUCAAGACGAGGAAUCCGUGAAGGUCUGGUUUGCAUCAAUCGGAGUAGAGGAAGGCUUCCAAAUCGUCCGAGCAGAACGCGACCUCGCAGGGACGGAUUUACUCUUCUAAGAAUCGAGUUAGCCGGAAAACACCCGUUCUAGGGGCUGUUUUCGUAUCAACGAUUAGGGGUUGAAAUAGCAACUUGAGGAGGCUGUUUAGCACCCAUUUCUAAGCAAGGAAUCAGUUCUCAAGCUUCCUUGGCCGAGGCUUUAGCCAUUGGAUCGAGAAGGAAGGUUUUAAAGCUCAUUUGAGGUGAGGACCGACAUCUAGUUGCUUACAACUUGUAGGUUAAGCAUGAGAUUACCUAAAUGCCAAAAUCAUGUUUUCCAUAGAUUAUGAUGAUAAAUUAUUGAUGGAAUAUUGAUCUAUUUUCCAAAGAAUGAAAUGAGAAAUGAUUUGGUAAAGUAUUGAUAAAAAUGGAGUUAAAUGAACUAUUGUGUGAAAUAGUCACUCUACUCAUGUGUGAAUUGUGUGGAUACAUAAAUGAUUAUUUAUGUAUUACAUUGAAUGAUUAAGUUGCUGCUACAUAUCUCUAAAUAUGUAGGGUUUUACAAAUGGAAUAUAUGAUGGAUAAGAAUAAUCUUAAUAGUAUUGAAAUACUAGUUAAUGAUUGUUGUAAUUGUUAAGGGAAUUGAAUCUAAGGAUUUGAUUAUAAUUGAUGUACUUGAUUUUGAUGCAAGUGACAAAUUUGAUGUAAUGUGAUGCUAAGACCAUGGUUGGGCAGUCCGUAGGGAUGUCCCAAAAUAGAUUAUUGAUAUUACAAUUCUAGGCAUAGUGAGUGCUUAGGAAUUGGGGUCUAUGCCAAUGUAAGGAGAUGUACUUGAGCCCGUGCUCAUAGAAUUGCAUUGGGUAGACAUGAUGAGGUGAUUGUCGUGCAUGGUGAUGUAGUUGAGUUGGACUCAAGAAAUGCACGGUGGAGUAGUUAGCUUAUGUUAAUAAGGGUGCAUGGUGAUGUAGUCGAGUUGGACUCGAGAAUGCAAACAUGUGUGUUAGGGUUGAACCCUAUGUAUUGUUGUGACUAGGGGUCACGGGAUUUUUGGGGUAUGUUUGAUAAAUGAUACACUUGUAAUUUCCGUAUGUAUGUUUACGUUUUUAGCUAGUUUUGGUUGUUUAGUAUUUCGGAAAUUACACACUUUUGGUGUAAUAGUUUAGUUUGUUGAAUUCUUGUAAAUUGUUUAGAUUAGGUUUAUUCUGAGCUCAAACAGGUCUACUAUCACUCAAAGGACGGUUGGUGAACCCCAAAAGUGGAAGGAAAGUGCAAAGUCACAAGACAAAAGGGAAGAUCCUGAUUUUUGGUCUAUACUCGAUCGAGUAUCUGUAUAUACUCGAUCGAGUAUCUUGUUGAAAUUUCAAAUCGGAUCCGAUCCGGGGGCAAAGGAACAUGCAAGGAAAGAUUUGGCCACGUUUUAUUGUCAUACUCGAUCGGGUACACCGACAUACCCGAUCGAGUAUACAUAUGAAUUUGAACCUGAAUUCGGUCGAGUAUAGCUCAAAAUCAUCAUUCUGCACAUACUCGAUCGAGUAUCUAUCUAUACUCGAUCGAGUACCCGAGCUGCACUCCCAAAAAGCCUAUAAAUACACCCCCUUUCCUUCACAAUAAAAACACCAAUUCCUAUAUACUCUUAAGCUCAGUUUAGAAUAGCAUUUUUCUAUAUUUCUUUUGGCAUGUUUAGUCUCCAAAUGAGGAGCUAAACUUCCAUUUCUUGGUGUUGCUCUUGAAGCUUGUUGAUUAUUAAAGUUGUGAGUUAUUUUCUUAACUUCUUUCCUUGAAUAUUAAUGCUUCUCUUAAAUACUAUUUCUAUAUCAAUGUUGGGGAGUGUUGCUAAGAUGACAAUUAGUUAACAUCUUGACAUUGGUCUUAGUAAUAGUUAUUCCUUCCUCUAUGUUAAUAUUGGGGAGUGUUACUAAGAUGACAAUUAGUUAACAUCUUGAUAUUAACUAUAGUAGGAUUCAUUUUCCUUAAUAUUCUUCCUUGAGUAUUAAUUAAUCCUUAAUCAUAUUGCAUAUUAAUAUUUUGAACAUUACUUAAAGGAUCAACUAGUUUUGUUUCAAAUAUUAAUUAUUACUAGAAACGAUCAACGAACCGAUGGUUAAUCGUUGAUGGUUUCACAAGUAAGUAACUUCGGUUUAUUAAUGCACGGUCGUGGUUAAUAAACUUAAGAGGGAUUAAUUUUGUUGGUUAAACCGAGACCGUUGUGUUGAGGUUAUCAAUCUCAAUUGAUUUCAUCAAGGAAUUAAAAGAUUAAAUGCUACUAUCAAGUCGGUAUAUGGCGUUGUUCUAUACUUGACUAAUAGUAAGGGUUAUUAAUGAACGGUCGUUGUUAAUAACUAUCCUCGAUGAAUUGGAUAUACUCCUCGAUUGAGUAUUCGAGAGGAAAUAAGUUAUAGAUAUAACAAUGAUCGACUAAAAUAUAUCAACAAGUGUAAAGUAGCAAUACCAAGUCCCUUUUAUCUUUGAAUUAAAUCACAUAUAACUCGUUCAUCUUCGUGUUUAAUUUAAUUAAAUCAUUCAACCCAAAACCCCCCCUUUAUUUACUCCUUUCGUUAAAAAGAUAAAUUAUUCCUUUCCCUGUAGAUACGAACUCUACUACGCUAUACUACGUAUAAGUGCUAGUAUUGAAUUUACUUUGAGUGCACUCACGACAAAGUGCACGUUAAAUUUGGCGCCGUUGCCGGGGAAAGGCAAUUAUUUUUCUUUUUAUUUUAUCUCAUAAAAAUCAAAAACAAAAAAAAAAUAAUAAAAAAAAUAUAAAAAAAAAAAAAAACUUACUCUUCUAUUUUCUGAGCUUACAUGAGUUAUGAGUAUAUGGAUGCCAACAUAUCAUCCUUAGAGAGUCAAAUUUCCUUCUUGACUUCUCUAAUAAAGGAAUUUAUUUUAAACUCGGAAGCUCAAGAUGCCAACACAUGCAACAUUUGCAUGUCUCACAGACAUCUUACGGAUUUCUGCCCAAAGCUCCAAGAUGAAUACCUUAAAAGUGAUGAUGUUGGUUACAAAAGGGAUGAACCUCACAUGAGGUAUGAUCCGUUCUCCAACUCUAACAUGUCUACGGAGGAUAUGGUCCGGGCUAUUGCUACCAACAUGACCACCAUGCAAAACAACAUGGUACAAUUCCAAAAUGAGACCAAGUCUAGCAUUUUAAACUUGGAAACUCAAAUGAGUCAAAUAGCCGGAGCCGUGAGUAGGCUUGAAACAAGGGAUUCAGAAAAUCUUCCUUCUCAAAUAGAAUGUGAUCCUAAACAGCAAACUUUUGCAAUCACAUUUACAAAUGAAAAGGAGAUACAAAAGGAGAUCCAGAAUCCAGAAGAAGUAGAAGAAGAAAAAGACACGGAGCUCCAACUGGUCAAAGAAGAGGAUAAGCCGAGCUUCAAAUUCAAACUUAUGUCAUUGUCAUCCUUUGAGGUAUCUCCAUCAUCCCUGGACGCUUUAAGAGAAACUCAUAAACUUGAAAAGGACAAUGACAUUUCUGAAAUCUCCUUCAAAAUUGAGGGAUCGAAAAACUUUUCAUUGACCAUACUACAUGAUAAUUUCUUCCCCUUCCUCCCACCACAUAAAUCAAUGAAAAUCUGGAUAUUUGAUCCUGGAAAGAUUUCCAAAGUGGAGAGUCGAGAAAUUGAGCACUCCUAUGGAGGUCCUAGGAGUGAAAAUUUGAAGAAAAUUAAUUAUCAUGAUCCAAGCUUGAACGAUUGAACACAAUGAUGGCGUCGUGCCGCGACGUUAAAUUAGGCGCUUCUUGGGAGGCAACCCAAGCAAGGUAUGUUUUCUUUUCAUGUUUAUUUCAGUUUGUGUGCGUGUGCAAAAAAAAAAAAGGAGAGAAAAAAAAGGUGUACUUGGAGACAUACCCGAUCGAGUAUAAGUCAAUACUCGGUCGAGUAUGUCUGGAAAAUCAAAACCACGAGCAGCCUGUCUCCUAUACCCUAUCGAGUAUCUAUCAAUACUCGGUCGAGUAUCACUGGAAAAGCCAUAUUUGCACCCCCUAUCUCCAGUACCCGAUCGGGUAUAGAGAGGCACCCGAUCGGAUAUACCUGCGAUUUAACCCCAAAACACACCCCAAAACACUUCAUCUUCUCCAAACACCCAUACCAACCUCGACCCCUUCUCCCAAAAACUCCAUUUUUCUACCUUCUCUCUACCAUAUCUCCAUCAUUUCCCCACCAAAACACCCACAACCCACCAAAAAUCAAAAUCACCCUACUCCACAAACAACAAAAGCCGAAAUUGGGCACUAGGGACAGUGCUUGAACUAAGUGUGGGGGAGGAGACUCAUCAUGGGUAUGUAAUCUUAUUUUCUACCUUUUACUACGCAUGAACUUCUUUAAAAAAAAAAACAAAAAAAAAACAAAAAAAAACAAAAAAAAAUGAAGAAAAGAAAUGCUAGUUAGGUUGAAAACCCAACAAAAUGGGCAAUCUAAGCAAAAAAAGGCUUGUGAAAAAUGAUGAGUGAGUUGGGAGAAUGGAAAAUGAAAAGAGAUGCUAGGAUGAAAACCUGAAAAGGCUCCUAGGCAAAAUGAGAGAUAUGAGAGAAAUAUUUAUUUUUGCAUGCACUCAUUUAAUCUCUUUGGAGAAAAAGAAGAGAAGAAAAAGAAGAAAAAAAAAGGCAAGAAGAUGGAGCAUAGAAGAUCAUUAAACCCAAGAAAGAAUGUUGUUGUAAAAACUCAUUUUUUCCCUUGGUGGUCUUAGUUUCCUUCUUUCUUGAACUUUUGGAAAACUCUUAAACCGGUUGGAUGUUUCUGUUUUACUCGAGGUCGAGUAAAGAACUAAGUGUGGGGGAGUUGAUACACUUGUAAUUUCCGUAUGUAUGUUUACGUUUUUAGCUAGUUUUGGUUGUUUAGUAUUUCGGAAAUUACACACUUUUGGUGUAAUAGUUUAGUUUGUUGAAUUCUUGUAAAUUGUUUAGAUUAGGUUUAUUCUGAGCUCAAACAGGUCUACUAUCACUCAAAGGACGGUUGGUGAACCCCAAAAGUGGAAGGAAAGUGCAAAGUCACAAGACAAAAGGGAAGAUCCUGAUUUUUGGUCUAUACUCGAUCGAGUAUCUGUAUAUACUCGAUCGAGUAUCUUGUUGAAAUUUCAAAUCGGAUCCGAUCCGGGGGCAAAGGAACAUGCAAGGAAAGAUUUGGCCACGUUUUAUUGUCAUACUCGAUCGGGUACACCGACAUACCCGAUCGAGUAUACAUAUGAAUUUGAACCUGAAUUCGGUCGAGUAUAGCUCAAAAUCAUCAUUCUGCACAUACUCGAUCGAGUAUCUAUCUAUACUCGAUCGAGUACCCGAGCUGCACUCCCAAAAAGCCUAUAAAUACACCCCCUUUCCUUCACAAUAAAAACACCAAUUCCUAUAUACUCUUAAGCUCAGUUUAGAAUAGCAUUUUUCUAUAUUUCUUUUAGCAUGUUUAGUCUCCAAAUGAGGAGCUAAACUUCCAUUUCUUGGUGUUGCUCUUGAAGCUUGUUGAUUAUUAAAGUUGUGAGUUAUUUUCUUAACUUCUUUCCUUGAAUAUUAAUGCUUCUCUUAAAUACUAUUUCUAUAUCAAUGUUGGGGAGUGUUGCUAAGAUGACAAUUAGUUAACAUCUUGACAUUGGUCUUAGUAAUAGUUAUUCCUUCCUCUAUGUUAAUAUUGGGGAGUGUUACUAAGAUGACAAUUAGUUAACAUCUUGAUAUUAACUAUAGUAGGAUUCAUUUUCCUUAAUAUUCUUCCUUGAGUAUUAAUUAAUCCUUAAUCAUAUUGCAUAUUAAUAUUUUGAACAUUACUUAAAGGAUCAACUAGUUUUGUUUCAAAUAUUAAUUAUUACUAGAAACGAUCAACGAACCGAUGGUUAAUCGUUGAUGGUUUCACAAGUAAGUAACUUCGGUUUAUUAAUGCACGGUCGUGGUUAAUAAACUUAAGAGGGAUUAAUUUUGUUGGUUAAACCGAGACCGUUGUGUUGAGGUUAUCAAUCUCAAUUGAUUUCAUCAAGGAAUUAAAAGAUUAAAUGCUACUAUCAAGUCGGUAUAUGGCGUUGUUCUAUACUUGACUAAUAGUAAGGGUUAUUAAUGAACGGUCGUUGUUAAUAACUAUCCUCGAUGAAUUGGAUAUACUCCUCGAUUGAGUAUUCGAGAGGAAAUAAGUUAUAGAUAUAACAAUGAUCGACUAAAAUAUAUCAACAAGUGUAAAGUAGCAAUACCAAGUCCCUUUUAUCUUUGAAUUAAAUCACAUAUAACUCGUUCAUCUUCGUGUUUAAUUUAAUUAAAUCAUUCAACCCAAAACCCCCCCUUUAUUUACUCCUUUCGUUAAAAAGAUAAAUUAUUCCUUUCCCUGUGGAUACGAACUCUACUACGCUAUACUACGUAUAAGUGCUAGUAUUGAAUUUACUUUGAGUGCACUCACGACAAAGUGCACGUUAAUAAACAAACCUUGGGCCUACGGGCCGACUACUUGACUUUAUAUAUAAAGUAAGUAUAUUUUUAAAAAGGGGUAACUUGGGGUUACGGCCUAGAUUAUACUAUCACCCUAUUUGAGGGUCUUGUGUUUGAAAUACUUGUUGUAUAUCUAUUAGAUGCCAUCCACACCAGCACUUUAUAGCCCUAUAGAGUGCUGACCCUUCGGGGGCGUCCCACCACCAUUUUUCAGGUUGAGGCUAGAGCUUGCUUCCUGUGCUCGUUGCUCGAGGGAUCAUCUAGGAGGGAAGACUUGGUUCGUGCUUCCUCCAUUCAGUUUUAAACAUUAAUAAACAUGCUCGUGGAUAUUUUACUAUGGAGCCUGCGUGCUCAUGAAUAGCCCGGUGUGGCCUUUUUGUUUUAAACAAUGUUUUCCGCUGCAUUAUGAAUUACUUACUAUGUUUGUUUAUGGAUGGCUUACGUGUGAAUGAUAUUCGAGACGCCUUGUAUAAUAUGAAUGUGUUGGACUGCGGUUGACUAUUCGUAUUGUACGGCGGGUUGUUGACGUGUCCGGGGAGGUCCGGGGCGUGACAUUAGUACAUGGGUAAGGAUGCGUACAUCUGACCCCCCUUUUACCCACCGUUGGUGGGAGCCUUUGCUGCACCGGAGUAAUGUUGCUGCUGAUGAUGAUGACAUGGCUAAGAAUUAAUGAAAAUUAUCUUCGCUGAAAAGAAAAUAGGAAUAUGACGUCUGAUAUAUAUGAGCUCAAGUUUAGUCACUAGGAGUAGUGUAUCGUUGCAAAAUUCAGAUGAAUGAUGUAUACAUAUUCUUCAUAAGCAUCAAAGGAACCUCCACUUUCAAUUUUAAUUGAGAUCAUAACUCGGCAAACUGAAACAUUUAAUGUUAUUAAGAUGUUCAAGAGAAUGUAUUUUGUGUAAAAGGUCACAAUUUGAAUUAGAUGAAAAUGCUGAAUCUGACCGCAUAUUAGUCUUUAAUUCACAAUCUAUCGGAUCCAACAUGUAAUCAUUAAUAUUAUCAAGCUUAUUG